CCAGCCCGCGCGCCGCCGCUUCCAGCAAGCAGCAGCGCCUGCCGGGUGGAGGGUCCAGUUCGCGCCGUGCGGACAAGGGCUGAGGCCAAGGCGGAGCGGCGCACGGGGGCAGCAAAGCCCCGGGGGAGGCGGCAACACCAUGGCCGGCCCCCCGCCGCCGCCCCCGGGCCAGGAGGCGCCCCGCUACCAAGAGUGGAUCUUAGACACCAUCGACUCGCUGCGCUCGCGCAAGGCGCGCCCGGACCUGGAGCGCAUCUGCCGCAUGGUGCGCCGGCGGCACGGCCCGGAGCCGGAGCGCACCCGCGCCGAGCUGGAAAAGCUCAUCCAGCAACGCGCCGUGCUCCGAGUCAGCUACAAGGGAAGCAUCUCGUACCGCAACGCUGCGCGGGUCCAGCCUCCCCGGCGAGGUGGAGCGCCCGCCGCCAGUCCGGCGGCCCCGCAGCGCCCGGCCCGCACUUCCCCGCCCAGCGCUCCCGCCGCCACCGCGACGCCCCGGUCCUCCCAGCGUGCUGCGCCUCGCGCGGAGCCAGUCGCGCCGCCGCCGCCACCGCCGCCGCCGCCUCCGCCUCGUCGGACCGGACGGGAGCGACCGCCGCCGCCCGCAGUCCAGGAGGAAUCCUCCCCCGUUAGUCUGCGAGAGAUUGUGCGCUACUUGGGCGGGGACGGCGCCGCGCCGGGGGGCGGCCGAGUGACUCGAGGCCGAGCACAGGGGCUGCUUCAGGAGGAGAGGCUGGAAAGAACCCGCUUGGGUGGCGGCGGCGGUGGCGGCGGCAGCAGCAGCAACAGCGUCGCUUUGCCCAGGGCGGAGAGAGGCGCGCAGGCCCGGGCCCCCAACGCCAGACCAUACAGGAACAAGAAGGCAGGGGAGGAGAUCAAAGGCGAAGAAGACGAGGACGAAGACGAAGAAGAGGAUGAAGUCUCCACUAUGUCUGAAGGUUCAGAAGUGGCACAAGAUUUUGAGGCCAGCAACUACAGCAGACCUGGGACAGGCCAGGUGAAUGGUGACUGUAAGGACAGCAAGCAUGGUGGGAAAGAGAUCCCACCCAGCAGUGCCACCCCCAGAGACCUGCACUCCCUAGAGGAAACAUCUUUGAACAAAGGAUUGGAGCAUUCUCAGCAUGAAGGAAAUGAGCAAUGUCACACAAAGGCCUCUUGGCCUGGAGAAAGUGCCUGUCACCAUCUGGGAGGCAGCAAGAAAGAUGGCAGUGCCUAUCAGCAACCAGACAGAGCAGUGUCACCAGCUGUUGCAGGGGCUGAUCCCUCUGUGCCCUCAUCUCCUGGGAGACCUGGCAUCCAGGCAGAUGGGAGACCAUUCAGUUGCGUUUCAGUGAAAGAGAGGCCUUCUGACCCUGUGGAAUGGACUGUCAGUGACGUUGUGGAUUAUUUCACAGAAGUUGGGUUUGCUGAGCAAGCUUCAGCCUUUCAGGAGCAGGAGAUUGAUGGGAAAUCUCUGCUGCUGAUGCAGCGCACUGAUGUGCUUACUGGCCUCUCUAUUCGCCUGGGACCGGCCCUCAAGAUCUACGAGUAUCACAUCAAGGCCCUCCAGCAGUGCCACUUCGAGGAAGACGAGGGCGACUCCUUCAUGGGCUGAGAAGAACGGGCCAAGCCAGUGAGGGGGAGGGAGAGAACAGGGACUCUGUCAACGCUACUGUCUCAGCCAUUUCAGCCUUCCUUUGCCUCUGAAAACAAGACAAUGUUGUGGGAAAGGAGAAGGGCUUGGACUAUAUCUGGUGAGAGGAGGGAGGCAGAAAUGAUGACCCAGCUUUCGUGACAUCCCUAUCCCGGUUAUCUGGUGAUCCAAAAGACUGGGCUCAGUGGGCUAAAAGCUCACUUCCUUCUCUCAUCUUGCCUAUCUGACCCGACCCCAAGCUUUUCACUCACCAUAGUGCAUUGUCUGUUUGGGGGAAAGAUGAGGCAAUAUGGUUUUCCUCCUCUUCCCAAUCUUCACCUGAGCUGAAAUAAUUUAUGCUUCAGCACCCAAAUGGCUUCUCCCUUCCCUCUCCCCAUCAGUAGUAUUUGAUAGCCCUGAUUGCUCCUCCUUUCUUUCGGUGAUUGGCAAGAAAAAGAGCUUGCUGGAGGUGCCAGGAGGUUUUAAUCAAAUAGCUUUUUAUUCUCUUUUCUGUUCAGGUAGCCUUUUCUUCCAAUUUUCAUGAUUGUUGCCCAGAGUUGAUUGCUUUUUAUUAUUUUUUUUCUUCCCCGUUUUUAAAAAAUAUAAAUAUUUAAACUGGAAAAAAAUGAUUUAGUAUUCCCAGAUACCUUAGCCCUCUACAAAGGGUAAUGGAACAGCUGAAAUGACUAUGUUUAAAGGGCAAAAGAGUGCAAGAGGGCUCCAGAUUUUGGGUUCUGCUCUAGGGAGAAGUGUCAUCUGGUAACCAAGUUUUGGAAAGAAGAAAGCAAGUGGGAGUAGAUUAUCUUCUGUCUAGUCCAUAGAUGGGAAUAGACUUUAAGGGUUCCACCUUAAUUUUCAGUAUUGUAAUCCGUGGGAUAAAAGCGCGGUAACCUUUACAUAAUCACCAAAAAGUCUAAAAUAAAUGUAGGAUUUAUAGAUGGGCUCUUUCCAGUGGGCAGAGAGUUAUAACUAUGUGCGUGCGUGUGUAUGUAUUUUCAUUAGCAGUGAGUGUUCUUAUAUGAGGACUAUAAUAGACAAUACCACCAAUAUUAAUGCUUUGGGGACAUAGAAAAGGAUAGGGAAUGGAAUUGGUCAGAACCAUUUUUUUUUCUAUCAAAAAUCCAGGUGAUGGUUUUCCUGUCCUUAGGAUUGGCUUCUUCCUGUUUAAGCAGGCUAAAUCCUAAAAGAUUGCAAUGCCAAGAGGACACUAUACAAUAUUAAGAAUUAUUCGUGGUAAACUUGUAAAAAUCAGGUGAUGGAGGCAUUAUGGUGGGCACCUUAUUCAACAUUUCAGAUUCUCAGUGGUUUUGAAGACACAUUGUACUUAAUCUUGGCUAGGAAACAUCUAUUUCACAAUUGGAAGUCAGUUUCGGUUUUGCAUUAAAAACAAUGGGAACUGAGGAUGCGGACAACUCUAGAAUAGGUUCUUAGACUGUAUACAGAACAUCAUUUCCAAAACUCCUCAUUGGAGAAUCAUGACAGAUCACUUUAACUGAUAUAAAUUAGGAAUGUAAAGGGGAUCUUAUUGAGAGAGAGAAAAAUUUAUACCUAUUGUUUAGCUGUGCAUUAGGAACAGAAAACUACAUACCGGUAAUUGCAGAGAGAAGGAAACUUCAAUUUGCUUAAAAGGAAGAAUGCAGAUAUGAGCACACUGAAUUUUAUGUUCUCAACAUUUUCCUUCGACCCACGAGGGCUAGAAACUUAUACUUUGAACUUUGAUAACACAGGUUCUUGAUGUUUUAGCACAUAAGUGCCUCAGGGGCUUACAUACUGGCAACACAUUCCUCUCUAUUGCACUAGGCCCUAUUUUUUUGUCCAGAGCUGGGAAUAAAAAAACCAAAAUUUUUAAGUUCUAA